AUGGUUGUGGUUGCACCAGCUCAUCUGUUCAUUGCAUCUCCAUCCUUUGGGGUUGAUUUGAACCGUACGGAUGAAGAUGAUUAUGUAGCAUUGGAAAACCGUUCGUUUCGGCAGUUGGCAGUUGAGAUGGCUAGUUCUCCUGUCAUGAUUUCUGAUUGUACAUUUUCUCUUUGCAUUGAGGCCUUUCGACAUUGCAAGCCCCUCGUGAGCAUUGACGAUACCCACUUAUAUGGCAAAUAUGGAGGUACUUUGCUGCUGGCUAUAGCGCAAGAUGGAAACUCGAACAUCUUGUCGGCAGCAUUCACACUUGUGGAGGGAGAAAAUGUGGAGUCAUGGCAUAACUGCAUCAAGACUGUCCUGAAGGCCCUUGAUAGUAGUUGGCUACCUCCGCGUACUUAUCAAGCAUUCUACAUUCAUCAUGUGGCGGCAAAUUUUUUGCUGAGCUUCAGAGGUCAAGACGCAAAAAGGCUACUAUUGAAUGCUGCAUAUGAGAAGACCGAGGUGAAGUUUGACUAUUGGUUUGAUAUUAUGUAG